AUGGCCGACUCUUCUCUCAAGGAUGCUGGCAACACACAGGCGCUGCAGGGCGCCGCGUACGUGUUGCGGCACUAUUCCCUGGGGGUGACCCGCAUACCGCUGCACAAUAUGGCCUGUGCCAGCUUCAACCGCCACGGUGCUGGCGUUUCCGGGAAGCACUCGCAGAACGUCGUUCGGCGAAUCUUCACUGUGGAAGGCCUUCAAGUGUGGCGGUAUCGCCAUGGGGUGUGCAUACAACCACCUGCUUCAGACCCCAUGGAGUUCUCUCGCUUUACCAACAAUUAUGUCCAGAAGCAGAAGGACCUGCUGGCCGCCGUGGCCGAGCGGCCCUUGCCAGGUUGCUUCGCCAAGACGCACUUAUGGCACGGGCUCCACACUGCGGCCGUUGGAACCAAGUUCUACCACGACUCGGGCUUGCCUCUGGUGCCAAAUGUGGAGGAUGAGGAAGUGGCCACAACCAUCUCCGAGGGGAUGUGGUUUCAGACGCUCAAGUACGAGGCGUACGUCAGCCACAAGAAGGCCAUCGAGGCACUCAUGACCGGAGACAAUCUGGACGCGGCGUACGCCUUAGCGGAAACAGAGAUGAGUCUCAUCGCCAGCUACUUCAAAAGCUCCCGCAUCACCGUGCCCAUGCCUGGGCAAACGCAGUUCGACGCCAUCUCCGAGUCGCUUUUCCUUGGUAACAACUUUUCGCCAGACCUUCGCGUCGCGGCUUACAACUUUUCGAAGGUGAUAGGCGAACCUCAGCUGGAGCUCCUGGUUGACACGUACCAGGCCUACGUCAACCCGACGGAGCAGCUCCUGUCCCACACCAUGAUGGCAUGCCUCACAAAGUUGCCCGAAGCUUUGCUGUGGUCCAAGACGGCCCUUUUCAUCGUGAACAUGUGUGCGCCGCCGACACGCAUGGUCCGAAGUGGAACAAAGCUCGUGGGCUCCGUGGUGGCCGACUCAGCACUUCGAGGUCUUCUGAAGGCGGACAAACAGCAGCUGGAGUCCAUCGAGGCCACCGUCUGCAAGAUCAUGACCACAUACUCCUUGAAGGCUUUGCCGCGUGCCCCGCUGGAUUUGCUCCUGAAGGCGAGGGUUCAGUUCUGCUGCAAGUUCGGUGAGGCGCUCGGUGGACUUACCCGCGGCGGGGACACCGUGCCGGAGGACGUCCCGCGGGAGCUGGAUAUCAACGCGAAGCUUGCUUCCGCUGAGUCCAGGUUGCGGCUUUUGCUGGAGAACUCUGGCUUCAGUCUUCCCGCUCGGGUGCUUGGAAGCAUCCAAGUAAAGUGUCAAAACCACUGCAGGCGUUUGUGUGUUGUACCUGAGCAGUCUCACUUGUCCUUUCAGGUGCUUAGUGAGAAGGUGGACAACAAGGGCAGCGCCAAGUCCAGACAGGCUGCUUCCAGCAAGGCACAGGCCGACUGUCUACCAGCGCUGGCGACGUGUGAUGGUCAGGUCGUGAGGAAUGCAGCUGCAGACGCCCGUCGCAUGGGCCUGACUGGUGGCUGUUCCGUCCUCGUGGGGUCCGAGAAAAUGGUGGCAGUUUUCGUGCAGCUGUCGGGGGAGGGCGCUCAAGUGAAGUUCCUGGACGCUAGUGGCCAGGAGCAGGUCCAGGACGUACCGCUGGCAGAUCUUGAAGUCCUGAAGCCGGAGGACAAGAAGAAGGUCCAGGCUGUGAAGCUAGUUGACACACGUCAGCCAGGCAUUGAGUGGCAUGCGCUGACAGAUGUCCAGGUUGAGCAAGGCAUCCGCGAUUUUGUGAAGUCCGAGCUGCUGCACUUGCAAGGGUCUCUUUGUCCCCCAAAGGAGUUGUUGCGGUAUCAUCGUGAGGCAGACGGUGAUCACUUCUCUUUGAACUACGCAGUGAAAGCUGGAAGUCUUGUGUUUCUUCCUUUCACCCAGGCAUUGUCGGAAGGACAGCGUGGUGUGAAGCGCCGCAAAAGUGGGAAGUCGCAAGAGGGCGCAGAAUAUCCCCUCCUGCGAGUCAAGAAGACUGACAUCAAGGGAGCUGAGCCCAUGUAUUUUACACUGGAGCCCUCGGCAGGUCCGUUUUGGCAAUUCUUCCUGGAGGACGGUCACCAAGGCCAGGAUGUCCCGAAUCUCACGUACAGGAUCAUGAAAACCCAGGCCACGCAAAGCGGGUCUGCGCAGUUUAGCAUCCAGGGCAAGAUGAUCAAGAAAACCUCGAAAAUGUCACUUGAGCUUUGUUUUCCUGUUUUGACAAACCUGGAAGACUUGCCCGCCUACACGAUUUUGCGGGCUUGCUGUGCUGGGCCUCCCAACGUCAAAGACGCAUGA